GGAAGAAGAACCAAACGCUGCGCUGGGUGGGCUGCUCAUGUCUUCACCCUUUGUUGACGGUACAGGCCGACUGUUAACUGUUUCAGGUUGUGCCCUACCCUCGCUGCCAGGAGACCAGAGGAGGCUGCAGGGGAGCUUUAGAGCGAUGCUUUGCGCUUCAUGUUUGUCCUUCGCCUGAUCGGGUUUCACUGGAGUGACCGAGGCAGAUGCCAUUCAAUACACUCUUCCUGUGUGCAUGGGUCGCGGUAUAAACAGCAUGGCCAUCGCACAUUCCAGUGGCUCUAAAUAUAUCUAUUAAGGCCACAGGAGGGGGAGGACUGGUGACGGGGGUUUAUCCUGGGACAUUUCACCGUCGUGGUGAACUCGCACCACUUGAAUUAUCUUCCGGAGAUUGGCAAUCGGUUGUUGCACCCACAAAGGAAGAACUUGGCCCGAUCCAAACAUGCCAUCCAGUUACAAUGUGAGGUCGAGGGCGCGGGAGAGAAACAGCGUCCUGAGCAGACCUGAGUUCAUGUCUCUGAACCAUCAGCCCCUCCGCGGCGCCGCCGGCGGCAGCCCCUCGGAGAGCCGGGGCAGCGCAAGGCGACCGGGUCAAAUCAAGCACCAAACAAGCCAGCCAAGUGAAGAACCCACCGACAGUGGCAGCAAGGACAGGAGAGAGCCCAGCAAAAUGCCAGAGGAAGACUGCAUGCAGCUGAACCCCUCAUUCAAGGGAAUAGCGAUGAACUCCCUCCUCGCCAUUGACAUCUGUCUGUCCAAGCGCAUGGGGGUGUGCGCCUACACGUCGUCCUCCUGGGGAGGCUGCCGCUCCAUGGUGGCCCUGUUGGCGCUAACAGGGCACGGCAUCACGUGGAUCAUUGGGACUAUUGUGUGUCUCACGAGGAGUAACACUCUGGCUGGGCAAGAGGUCCUGGUCAACCUGCUGCUCGCCCUCAUUCUUGAUGUUAUGACUGUGGCUGGAGUCCAGAGGCUGGUGAAGCGCAGGGGACCCUGGGAGAUGACGCCGGGCUUCAUGGACUGCGUCGCCAUGGACGUCUACUCCUUCCCUGCUGCUCAUGCCAGCCGGGCCGCCAUGGUCUCCAAGUUCCUGCUGUCCCACCUGGUCCUCGCCGUGCCGCUUCGCAUCCUGCUGGUGCUGUGGGCCCUCCUGGUGGGCUUGUCCCGGGUGCUGCUGGGGAAACACCACCUCACUGACAUGGUGUGUGGCUUCGCACUGGGCAUGCUCCAUUUUACCUUGAUGGAGACGGUGUGGCUCUCGUCAAGCACCUGUCAGACUCUUAUUUCCAUAAGCACCCUCAGCUGGAGCCCCUUUUUCUGAGCUUUUGAUAUGCUAGCACACAAGGCUUAUUUGAUACACUAACAUCGCAAUGUCAGAGCCUUGUGAAGUUAUUUUUGCAAGGGUCCGAUGUUCUUAUCGCAGGGUUUGAAAGGAGAAGCAUUAACAUUUGGAAUCCGAUGGUGGCUUGCAUGUAACGCCGAAAACUGGCAGGUCAUGAGACCGUUAUAAAAACACACCUCUACUGCUGCUUAAUUUCAAUUAAGCACUACUAAUAAAGGGAAAAUCAAGAUAACUGCAAACUGACAAUGAUUUGAUGAAAGCGUACAUGUAGGAGUCAAGCUUUUGAUUUUUCUUUAUAGAUUUUUCUUCUCCUUUCUUUAGAUUAUUGAUUCUCACAUAGUAUGAACUUUGGUAAGAUUCAUCCAUAACUGAACUCUUUCUUGUCACCAUGCUACUUCCUUUUACUUCCUCCUUCUCUGUUACCUCUUCCUGCUUUCACAAGGGUUUUUUCUUGUUAGUAACUGUGCUCACAGUUUUGGGAUAGUGAAACCAUGCUGAACACUGCUGAACACUGAGUAGGCAUGACUCGUGCAUUUGUCUAUCUCUGUUUGGAUUUUGGUCUUUUUACUGUACGUUUAUCUAAUAUGAGCUUAUUUUUGAUGCAGCUGGGGUCGAAUAAUUUCCUUCAAUGUGCCAUUUAUGCUUUAAUUGUUUUUUUUUAAUAUAACAGAUAUUUCUUUAGCUAUUUUAUUUCAGGCUGCUGCAGUCUGCACAUUAGCCCAACAGCUGCCUAUGGUUUGUCAGCGAUACUGAUUCUGUGCCCCACAAAACAACUGAAGCGUGUGUGUGUUAAUGUGCAUGUGAGUGUGUGUGUGUGGUAUGAAUGACAGCAAUUUUGAACAAUACAUUUCUUUUCUAAAUGUGUUAUUUUUUUUUUAAUGGACCUUUGAAUGAAACCUGUUUUUUCUAGCAAACACAUUUCAGUGCAUUGGUUUGGUGGUCAAAUACGGUUUUGUGUACGUUAGUUUGCUUUGUUCUGGACAGGAAUGUGUAUAUCAUGGUUUUAAUUUGUUUCUCCAUCUCAUAAAUAAACAGAGGUGGGCUGUC